AUGGUUCAGCCCAUGACCUCUAUCGACCUCCGAGUUUGGGAAGCACCAAACGGCUUCCGCCGUUUCCGUCACGAUGGCAUUUCCCUUCAACUCCUGGAUUUCUUUCCUUUGGUCCUUGGAUCAUCACGACAAACUGAAAGCCAUAAGGGGUUGGUUCAUAUGUCGUAUGCCGUCUGCGUCCCAACUAUUGCAGAUCUAGAAGCGCGACAAUAG